AAUAUGCCACUUAACAAAACCUUUUCUGAUAUAAUUCGUUUUCAUAUUUUUUUACGACAACAAAGAAUUUGUCAAUGGAAAAACAAAGAAGUGCAUAUGUCGGCGUUUUAUUUAGCCCUGGUUGUUUCUCUUUCAUCGGCAAAAGGGGAGACACAGACCGGAAGUUGUAAAGACAUGUUACAGGGUUAUCUAACAGGACAACUGUCGUCUGCACUAGGAGCCUAUCAGGUGGAAUCUUUAAGGCGGGAAUUCAAAAGUUUUACCGACGUCAUUGAGGAAUCGAUGAAAAAGUUCAAGGAGGCAGUGAACGCUAGCAUACAGGAUGGUGGUGUAAGAAACAGAAUGGUCGAGUACACAAGAUGGGGAAAGAAGACAUGUCCCUCUAACGCAGUCUUAGUUUAUUCAGGAUUCGUAGGAGGAUCAUAUUAUGAUCAUAAAGGGGCAUCGGUAGAUCCGCUUUGUUUACCAAGGGAUCCAGAGUGGGGGAUGUACGUGGAUGGAAAUGUUGCUGAUAGAGCUUAUGUGUAUGGAGCAGAGUAUGAAACAUAUGAGUUCAAAGGAUAUUUUUCUUCACUUGUUGAGCAUGACGUCCCCUGUGCUGUGUGUCUUGUUAAAAAUAGAUCUGUUGUGAAAAUAUUUCCAGCGAGAAAAACCUGCUAUGAAGGUUGGACACUCGAGUACCAGGGUUACCUAAUGGCUAGUCAAUAUAACCAUGCUGCUGGAACAACAUACAAGUGUGUUGACAAGGAUCCAGACACCCUGUCUGGCGGUCAUUCUAAUAAAAAUGGCUACCUAUUCUAUUUUGUCGAAGGUCGAUGUGGUUCAUUGAAAUGUCCUCCAUAUGUUGAGGGAAGAGAACUUGUGUGUGCCGUCUGUUCUAAAAAGUGAAAAA